AUGGACGAUAUCUUCAUCCUGCAUAGGCCGUUGAUUCAACGUUUGUAUCAGAAGGAGAGAAAGACACUCAAGGAGGUGAAGGAAAUUCUAGAAAGGGAUCACCAGUUCCCUUCAUUACCCAUCUCUAUCUAUGAGACACGGCUACGCAAUCACCUGGGAGUGCGCAAGAAAUUUAAGAAAAGUGACUGGUCGAUCAUUUAUCAACAUCACAUGAAGACCAAGAGAGAGACAUCCUCACUCUAUCUGAACGGCGUGAAAUAUCCAUGGGUCAAAGCUUGGAAGGAAAUUAGACGUUCUGGCGCAAGACAGGCAACAACCGAUCUUGUGAUGCGGGAACAGCUUUCGAAGGUUGAAGGAUGGGGAUUUUUCAAUAUCUCCGCUUUAAAAUCUCUGAUUGAUGUCGGGGUCCAGAUCCGUCCGUUCGACCACUCGAAAUAUUGUUCACGACUAUUGCAAGAUGCUCAGUGUGGGAUGAGCAACGAAACAUACGAACUUCUAUACCGUUUCUUUCAAGACCAUUGUUCCGUCAGCCCAGAAGCUAUCAGCGAAGCAGUCUCCGAGGAAGGAACAACUCUUCUUGAGCUCCUCUCCAGAUUUGGUGUCAAAGUUGGGGGUACUGGGCUUCGUGCUCUCUUAAGGGCAGCUAGAAUUGGUAAUUUCAGCGCUGUGAACUGGCUAUUAGGCGCUGGUGUGAACAUCAAAGCUGGAAUUUGUGACGACUCUGGAUCGGGAGAUGACUUCACAAUUGUGGCACUGCUAAUCCAGGAAAUAGACGGUCAUCGGGAUAUUAGUUUGAAGAUGUCUAUGUUGCAACACCUUGUUGAUUGCGGAGCUGAGCUCAAAGAGAGAGCGAGUGACCAAUUCGCUGAUGGUCUGUUCAAACAUGUUUUAGAACAGAAAACGAAAGAGAUAUGGGGUAUUCGGGGCAUCGAAGGGGUCCAAAAUAUCAUUGUGGUCAAUGACAAGAAAAAAGCUGCGGAUGUACUCGUCCCUUGGCUUUUAGACCAACUUGGGGUCAGGUCUAGGAAUAUUGCUGGAACCGAACUUCAAGCUCUAUUUACGGCAGCCUCGGCUUCAAUAUUUGGCUUGCCGAUCUUGAAUGAGUUAUACACAACCUAUGGACUACCGCCCGACUCAGGAGCGGUCCUAGCCUCAUUAAUUAAAAACCAAGCCGGGGAGGAGCUGAUCCAGGAGGUUAUCCAGAAAAGCGCUUCUAUCGACAUGUAUGCUAAAGAGAAGGGGACUGACCGUUGUUAUACUCCACUCCAAGCUGCAGCAUCUGUCGGCAACUACUGUCUAGUGUUUCAAUUAUUGGACCGCGGAGCAGAUGUCAACGCCCCCUCUCGAGGGUUCCAUUGGUCAACAGCUCUUCAAGCAAUCUGCUCUUGGCAUCCCGCGUCCGGCGAGGAAAGAGAUCGUCAGCAGAAGAUCGUAAAUCUAUUGAUCAACAAUGGUGCAAAUAUCAAUGCAGAGCCUGAGGACGGAGGACUAACAGCAAUUAUGGUUUCCGCAAGUCAAGGAGACGUCGAACUUGCCGCUGUGCUGUUAGCCCAUGGCGCCGACCCCAAUCUUCAUGUCACGAGGCGACUAGGAAGGUACCCACAAUCGACGUUAGAUAUAGCCACUCGUCGAUGCGACAUGAUCAAGCUUCUUCUAGAUGCAGGAGCAUUAAGCGCUCGACGGGGUUCAACAGGGUAUGAAGGUGCCAUCUUGGACGCUGAGAAAUAUGGAAACCACGUCGUUGCAAGAAUUCUUCGGGAACACAUCGAGAAACAGGAGGAACAAUUUCAUAUUCGUCCCGAGUUACGGGCCUGCCACAGUGCAGUGAUGAAAAAGAUGGACGAGCAAGACGCCAAGCGUCGCCGGAAGAAAAUGCAGGAUACGGAUUGA